CUCCAGUCGCGGAAACACCAGUGUGUGUGUGUGUGUGUGUGUGUGUGUGUGUGUUUCAUGAAUGGCUCCGGUUUGACUGGGUUUAUCGUCUCUUAUCUGCACAUAUCAGCUCGCGGAGCAUCGGCGCGCGGCGCGCGAAUAAUGGUCGCACACAUGGCGCUUUAUGGAGAAACUGCGGAGCUGAGCAACGGGAUUGGAGAGGUUUCACCAUCAGACCUGAAGGAUCAUCCUGCUGAAGCUUCUCACAGCAGUGCAGAUAAUUCAUCAACUGAGGAGAGCUCGGAGGAAGAGGAAGCCCAGGAAGAGGAAGAGGAAAGAGAUUCAGACUCGGACUCGAGACCCAGAGCAGAAAAUCACAGUGACGAGCAGCGUCAGGCCAGCUGUGAGAAGUGUAAAGCUCUGAAGAAUCCCAAAUAUGAGCUUGUCACCCCCAGGAAAAUGUCUCAGGAUCGUCUUCAGCUGCAGCUGGAUGCGGAGGGUGUGUAUGAGUGUUCAGACACUGUGCUGGUGUUCGAGGUCUCUCAGCGUGUCAAGAUCACCUACUGCGUUCUUUCCUGGAGCAAGUUUAGCACGUACUUGACCGGAUCUUGGAAAUUUGGUCCCAUUUUCGAUGUGGACUGCGAUCCGUCUAUUCUCAAAUCCGUCCAGUUCCCACACUCACUGUGUCUAGCAGCAGAUAAAGACAACGAAGUGAAGUUCAGCGUGCUGCAUGUGAAGAACAGCCGUGGUCUGAUCGAGCCCUCGGCGGAUCACUCCGGCAGUCACGUCAGGUGGAACGUGUCGUCUCUUUCUCCCGUGGGUCCGAUUGUUCAGACGUCUAAAUCUGCAGAGCAUCAUGGGGUGGUGCAGGUGUUCAAGGAGGUGGGCCAUGAGAACUCCUUCUCCUUCAGAGUUUACCUGGCUGGAAACAACUGCUCUGACAUCAAGGACAUCAGGAGGGCCGUUCGGCGGGCGAACACCUGUAAGAACAACAAGAGGUACAUACAAGUAGACAAGCCUCCCACCUGCAUGCUGGAGGAGAACAGGAGGUACCGUCUCAUCAGCGAGCCCAUGGGUCACAUCACACCGGAGGACAUGCUCUUCUCUCCUGUCAUCGUGGAGGUGAAGGGCUACUUCGAGGUCUUCUUUGAGGAGAGUCCUCCCUUCAAGCUGUCCUUGACUGAUGCUGACUCGGGUCACACCGUAUGGACCGCUACCAUCAGAGAGGGAGACUGCGUACAUCAUCUUGAUGAAACCCCCCAAAAACCAUCCAAAGGCAGAAAGAGAAAGAGCAGCACAUCAGAGGAAGAGCUCUGUCACAAGCACAGUAAGAAAGCGCGCGGCAUUGACGAGGCCGACUGUAACGCGACGGCCGCGGCUCCGGACCUGACGGACCAGCAGCUGAUGCAGGUGGCCAAACGCAUGGGGAGGGAGUGGAAGGUGGUGGCCAUCAGCUGUCUGGGGCUCAGCAAGCAGGACCUGGAGGAGAUGGAGGCCACCGAGGAGAGCGUGACCAUGCUGAAGUUCAACAUGCUGGAGCGCUGGAGACGGCGACAGCCCAAGGGAAGAGCGGGAAUUCAGGAUCUCCACAAAUGUUUGAAAGACAACGAUGACGUGCCCAAUGAGGUCAUUGCUGCGCUGGACGAGAUGCUACGAAAUAAUUCCGCCACAUGAACCUUAGCUGUGUGGACGUCAAAGCUGAGCGUUCGUCAGAAGUCAUCUGAAGCACAGUUAGAGAGCGAUGAAGACGUGCUGGAAGAGCCGGCCGGUCUGGAAGCUGCUGCUUUCAGGAAACAUUUCUGGAAACCAGCUGAGCUCUGAAAACACUAGACACACUAAGUACAUCGGUACACUUUGUGUGCAUCUCUUUAUUUUGUGCUUGUGUUUGUAUAUUUUUUUAGAUACUGUACAUAUUUGAAAGUCUUUGUAAGGACUGUAGGUAGAACUGCAUUAUGAGCCGUGAUCAUGUGCAUGUGUUUUGAGGAACAGGCUGAUCUUGAUCUCAGGUGCCAUCGUUCUCUGAUGGUUAUGGACUGUAGUUAUAGUAAAUAUUCCUGCAGUGUGAUCAUCACCGUUACUGUGACUGAGUUUCUCUGUCUCUGAAGCGUUUGUUGGGUAAAUCUGCACCUCUCGUAUGAUGUGCUGUCUCAGGGGAGUCCUUUCUUUAAAUCAAUAAAUCAUGAAAAUGAAU